AUGUUAAAGAAAAGAUUUCUAUUCAUAUUUGAUUUUGACAAUACUAUCAUUAAUGAAAAUGCAGAUACUUACAUUUGGAAAUUGCUCCCAGAAGGUUAGAAAGGUUUACCUCCUCAAUUCGAAAAAGAAUAGGAUUGGAACAAAUUUAUGAGAAAAGUCUUACAAUUUUAUUAUCACAAUGAUAUUAGUGUUUAACAGAUCAAAAAUUGCUUAUAAGAAAUGGAAUUAACUUUAGGUUUUUAGGAGUUAUUUAAUUUCAUCAGGUAUAUUUUAUUUACUAUUUUAUUUCAGAAAAAAUAAGGAACAUAUUGAAUGUAUAAUAGCAAGCGAUGCAAAUACUUUUUUUAUUAAUUCAAUAUUAGAAAAACAAGGACUUAAAGAUUUAAUAGACAAUAUUUAUACUAAUCCAGCAUAAAUUAUCGAUGAUUAAGAAAUAUCUAUUUUUCCAUAUCAUAAAAAUGAAUGUGAAUCCACAUGUCCAAGAAAUAUGUGCAAAAGAACUAUUAUUUUAGAAAACUAUUAAUUGAAUAAUUAUCAAAAAGUAUGCUAUUUUGGAGAUGGCAAAAAUGAUUAUUGUCCAGGCACAUUAUUGAGAAAUGAAGAUAUAAUCUUUGUUAGGAAAGGUUAUGACUUAGAAAAAUAAAUUCUAAAGAAAGACUUAGAAUGUGAGAAGGUUUAUUUUGAAUCUGGAAUAGAUUGUAUCAACAGAUUGAAGAAUCUAUUUAUAUGAUUUCAUUAAAAUCUAUUUAAAUUGGUC